CGGCGAUGAACGAACACGGGGCCUGCGAACUGAUUGAUUUCUAUUAUAUGCAAACGGAUUAUACAGAAAGGUGUCGGGGAGUAGUUCCUGGAAGCGCUGGUGAUGUGCUGGACGAUGACCCUGUUGGGGAGCUCAAGGUGUUUAUCUACGAUCUCCCCGGAAAGUACAACAAGAAGCUGCUGAAGAAAGACCCUAGGUGCCUGAACCACAUGUUCGCCACGGAGAUCUUCAUGCACCGGUUCCUGCUGUCAAGCGUGGUGCGAACUUCCAUCCCAGAGGAGGCCGAUAGGUUCUACACGCCCGUGUACCCGCCCUGUUAUCUGACACCAUCGGGUCUCCCAUUGCCAUUCAAGUCUCUGCGAAUGAUGCGCAGCGCCAGCGAGCUGAUCGCGACGAAAUGGCCUUACUGGAAUAGGUUGGAGGGGCAGAUCAUUUCUUUGUCACACCACAUGACUUUGGCGCUUGCUUCCAUUAUCAGCAAAGAACAUGGGGACAAUGGGGCAGGAAGAUGCUUCUCUCAUUAUUUAUGCUUAUGAAUGGGCACCUCUGAGCUGAAUCAAUGUGGAGUAGAGUAGAAUAACACUCCAGCAGAGCACUGGACGGGGCGGAUGAUCUGAUAGAUGAUUGUAAAUAUUUGGAGGGAAAAAAAUACAACUAUCAUAGUGGUAAUUCCUUCAUUCAGUUGAUUUGUAUUUCAUGUUGAUAGCAACAAUCAUGUAACAGUGGUUUACUAAUCAUCAUUGCUUAAUUGUGAGAAGAUGUAUCUUGUUGCUGCAUGUUGAAUCAAUAUGGAGUGGAGUAGAAACACUGGAGCAAAGCAAUGGAGGGCCUGAAGGUGUUGCUGAACUACGUGUGAUUCUUCUUG